CAGCACCACUUCCGGGCACAGGCCGGCGUGACGUCAGGAGGAGGGCAGGUGAAGAAAUAAAAGUUCAGGGAAGCCCAGACAGUGUCGAGGUCACCCAGUAACAAGUAGAACUGGGGUUCAAGCCAGGAGCUGUGUUCCAAAGCCUGGAUUUCUGUUUUAAGAAAUCUACCUGGCCCUUGUGGGGAGAACAGACUCCAGGGUCAAGUGCAGAGCAGAAGACCAGGAAGCAAGCAACAGCACUGGGCCAGGUUGGCCGUGCUGAGGGCAAGGAUCACUAGGCAGCUCUCAGGAUGGGGGAAAGGAAAGGCGUGAACAAAUACUACCCUCCGGACUUCAACCCGGCAAAGCAUGGCUCUCUCAACCGAUACCACAACAGCCACCCGCUUCGGGAGCGAGCUCGAAAGCUGUCCCAGGGUAUCCUCAUCAUCAGAUUCGAGAUGCCGUAUAACAUCUGGUGUGAUGGCUGCAAGAACCACAUCGGAAUGGGUGUCCGCUACAAUGCAGAAAAGAAGAAGGUUGGCAAUUACUACACGACUCCAAUCUACAGAUUCCGGAUGAAAUGCCACCUCUGUGUCAACUACAUCGAGAUGCAGACAGACCCUGCCAACUGUGACUAUGUGAUUGUGAGCGGAGCCCAGCGCAAGGAGGAACGAUGGGACAUGGAGGACAAUGAGCAGGUGCUCACAACAGAGCAUGAGAAGAAGCAGAAACUGGAGACAGAUGCCAUGUUCCGCCUGGAGCACGGUGAGGCUGACCGGAGCACACUCAAGAAGGCCCUCCCCACCCUGAGCCACAUCCAGGAGGCCCAGAGUGCCUGGAAAGAUGAUUUUGCCCUCAAUAGCAUGCUACGGAAGAGGUUCCGGGAAAAGAAAAAGGCCAUGCAGGAAGAGGAGGAGAGAGACCAGGCACUACAGGCAAAGGCAAGCCUGGCUAUCCCGCUGGUGCCUGAAACAGAGGAUGACCGCCGGCUGGCUGCACUGCUCAAGUUCCACACCCUGGACUCCUAUGAGGAUAAGCAGAAACUCAAGCGGACAGAGAUUAUCAGCCGCUCCUGGUUCCCUUCCAACCAAGGCCCCAGCGCCAGCAGCAGUGGCAGCAACAAAGCUGGGAAUAUCCUGAAGAAGCUGGCCCAGACCCGCAAAUCCACACCCACUAGCAGCCCUAUCAGUGUUGGAGACCUGGGCAUAGUACGGCGGCGAUCCCGGGACAUCUCAGAAAGUCCCCAGCACAUGGCUGAGGCCCCCAAGUCUGGGGACCAGCCAGAGGAGACCACCCAGGACAGGCCUGCAUCCCCCCAAGACUGUUCUCAAGAGAUAGCGAAGACCUCCAAGACCAGUGUGUUGGAGGUGACUUGUCAGGACAGACCCAGGUCCACACCAAGCUCCUCCCAGGACAUGCCACACUCCAGCAGCCUCAGCUCCUCCCUCGUGGCUGACUACUCUGACUCAGAGAGUGAGUGAGCAGUCCAAGGACUGGACCUGCUCCAGAGGCCACACCCAGGUGGCCCCUCGCAGACUACAGCCCAGCUCACUGACUGGUCCUCAUAUCCAUGUUCCCAUCCCACCUCACCUCCCCACAGUGAUGGAAUUUUAUUUAUUUGGUGUUUGUGCCUUGGCGGGAAGGGGUCCCCAACAUUAAAGUUUCUUUGCCCCUGUGUUGGGUUACUAGAUGGGUCCAGGGGCUACAACCCCACCCACCACCCAGCCAAGCUUGGCAAGCUUCAAAUCAGUAAAUGCAUAGCUGCAAUCUCCACCCAAUGUGCUGAGGGUUUCAAAGUGGUGCUGCCACAUGGCCCACAAUCAGGGCAGACUUCCUAGAGGAGGCUGUCCAGGCUUAGUGUAGAGGAUGGAAAGGGGGCUGGACAGUGGGUGGCCACCUGGGGUGCCCAGGAGCUGUGCCAGAUUAACUGGAGCAUCUCAUGGGCUAUUCAUCUCCAGCCCAUGGGGAUGCCUGUGAAGAACCAUGAAAAGGCCUCUACCCAGCAUGAUUUUUUUUUUUAAGAUAACUGGUAAACAGUAGAAAAUGACUGCAGUGAAGGCAGAUGUGCUGACUUCUGGGAGCUGAGGGUUCACCUGAAUUUGUAAUCUGCCCAGCCGUUUCAAAAGUUGUGAACAUGCAAGGUUUUUGGUCUGAAAACCCCCGGGAAUGGGGAGGUCUCUGGACAGUAAAAAUAGCCCUUUUGGUGUUUUUACCAUGAAGGCCUUGCCCUACAGGUGGUUGCAGACAGGACGCUGGAGAAGUUAGACAUCUAAGGGUGCCUACCCGGGGUUUCGAAGUCCUGUUGUACAUUAAAUGGCCUGACAUAAGCAGGUGCACCACUGUUGUGUUUUCGAGGAGGCCGCUUAGCUAGGCAAGGUCAGCGAGCUGGGGUG